AUGGCCACCACAAACGUUGAUCCUGCCCUGAAGACUCUCAGAGAGCUCUACAGCACCAUGGACAAGGGCAGUCUCGAGGAACAAAUGAUCUACGUCUCGCAGACAAUUAUGCCAAAAUUGAUCAAGGGUCUUCCUCCUCAAAUGGGAAUAUCGGAAAAGACUUCGGCUCCUGUGACCUUUCUGGACAGUGCUUGCGGGACUGGUGUUUUGACUGAUGUUAUUCAGAAGACACUGUCCAAGGAUGUUCUCGAAAAGAGCACUUUCACUUGCGCAGAUGCUGCAGAUGGGAUGAUUGCCAUUGCAGAGAAACGACUUGGACUCGAAGGCUGGGUUAAUACGGAAGUCAAGAAGCUGGAUGCGACAAAUACCAAGCUGGCUGAGAAUUCGUUCACGCAUGUUGGCCUAGGUCUUGCACUUCACCUUAUCCCUAACCCAGAUGCUGUCCUGGCUGACUGCAAGCGCAUACUCAAACAAGGCGGUAUCUUUGGCGCAACAACAUUCCACAAAGACAACACCUUUUGGGUUCCAGACAUGAGAGCAGCCUUAGCAUCAUUUCCCUUCGAAGCGCCCAUGCCAGACGUUAUGCCAAUGCAGGUACACGAUCAAGGCGAGUGGACGAAUCCAGCAUGGAUAGAAGAGCACCUCAAGGAGCAAGGUUUCCAAGAUGUUCAAGUCACUGUUGAUCAUGACAGGUACUUUCUAAGGAGUUCUGAGGAGUACAUGCUGCAAUGUGGUAUGAUGCUAGGAUGGGUGAUGAAUACUUGGUGGAGCGAGGAAGUGAAGAGGGAGCAUCCGUUGGAAGAGGUAAAGGAGUUGUUGAGGAGGCAUUUGGAGGAGAAGUACGAUGGAAAGGGUUGGUAUAUUGAGUUCAAGGUGAUUUGUAUGACUGGGAGAGCUGGGUAG